AGAUACAGAUUACAAUAAAUUUUUCAACGUGCGCGGCAAGGCAAGGAGCUAUGGCCACGCAAUAACUCGAAACAAUCACGAAAUUGUUUGAAUUAACAUUUUAGACGCUACAGUCUAUGUUUAAAAUAAGUUAAUUGAAUGCUGAAUAUAUAGUAUACUUGUACAAGUGCUUGUAUUUUAAACCAAUAUGACUUCGAAUGAAGGCCGAGCUCAGUCAAACUUGCAUCAGCAAGAUUUGUCUAAAUUAGAUGUCACAAAGCUAUCUGCUUUAUCCCCUGAAGUAAUAUCUAGACAAGCCACUAUUAACAUUGGUACAAUUGGUCACGUAGCCCAUGGUAAAUCAACUGUGGUAAAAGCAAUAUCUGGUGUGCAGACUGUCAGAUUCAAGAAUGAAUUGGAACGAAAUAUUACUAUUAAAUUAGAGCGCCUGACCGAGUCAGUUAUAAGAAUGUAUCGUGAUAGAGCCGAUGAAAGAGAUGAACAUAUUUUUAUCGGAAAGUUUAGAAAAGCGAAAAAGAGACCUCUGCCAUUAGAUACAGAAACAAUAAUAGAAAAACCUCAAAGCAAAAAACAAAAAAGACAUAAACAACAACCAGAAGAGUUCAUCAUAGAACAAAUUCUUGAUUUCAAAUAUGUAUCGGGUAAAGAAAGCUUUUUCAUUAAAUGGAAAGGUUGGAAUGACAGUGAAAACACUUGGGAACCAAUUGAAAAUCUAGAUAAUUGUCCAGAUGUUUUAAAAAAGUUUUUAAUUAGUGAAGAGUUAAAAAAUUGUAAAAAAAUUGAAGAACUUAAAGAAGAAUUAUCUUUUGACAAUUUACUUAGUGAGGAGAAUCUUAUUAAAAGACUUGAUGAAUUUGAUGAAUCCAACCUUACUACAUUAAAAGAGAACCUAUUAUUAAAAUUACUUUCAAUGAUAUAUCUAAAUGAGUCGAAUGAACUUUAUGCAUGUGAUCUUGUUCAAGAAACAAGAAAUAUUUUACAGUUAUAUGUUAUGUGUAGAAAACGCUGUCGUCAGCUAAUGGCCCUCAAAGAUUGGGAAGAUUAUUUGAAUCAAGUCGAUAAAUGUAAGAAGUUAACAGUAGAAAAUGAUGUUGAUUUAACUGGUCCACCAGAAAAUUUUACGUACAUAAAUGAAUCAAUACCUGGAGUUGGUGUAGUUAUUCCCAAUGACCCACCUAUUGGUUGUGAAUGUGAUGCCUGUAACUGUCGAUCAAAAUCCUGUUGUGGAAUGCAAGCAGGUUUAUUUGCCUAUACAGUUAAUAGAAGACUUCGAGUCGCUACAGGUACACCAGUAUAUGAAUGUAACAAAGCAUGCAAAUGUUCACCAGAUUGUAAUAAUCGUGUAGUUCAACGGGGACGAAAUUUUAAAUUGACUAUAUUUAAAACGGCUAAUGGCUGUGGAUGGGGAGUAAGAUCAGAUCAGAAGAUUAAGCAGGGACAAUUUCUAUGCCAAUAUGUUGGAGAGGUUAUUACUUUUGAAGAGGCAGAGAAACGUGGAAGGGAGUAUGAUGCUAAUGGAUUGACUUAUCUGUUUGAUUUAGAUUUUAAUUCAGUGGAAAACCCAUAUGUUGUGGAUGCAUGUAAUUUAGGUAAUGUAUCACAUUUUAUAAAUCAUUCAUGUGAUCCAAACCUAGGUGUAUGGGCUGUAUGGGCAGAUUGCCUGGACCCAAACCUACCAAUGUUAGCUUUAUUUGCUACGAGGGACAUUGAAGCAGGAGAGGAGAUAUGCUUUGACUACUUGCAAAAGUCCUCUGAAAGUGAAGAAGAUACAGAAACUCCUGUUAUAUCUAUGGAAAAUGUAGAAGAUAACACCUGUAUACCUAAUGCUUCCGAAGCGAAUACUACAAUUUCUCCAGUUUCACCUGUGAAGACUAGAUUUGAAAUGCAACAACAAAAUAUGGCAUUGCUCAGAAAUCGUACUGAAUGCAAAUGUGGGGCUUUAAAGUGCAGAAAAUAUUUGUUCUAAUAAAUAUUAAUGAUAAUUACUACUUACAGUUGUAAAAGCAAGAAAUUAGAUUACAGUAUUUAGAUAUAUUUUAGCUGUUUAUUAAAAUGAUAAAAUCUUUAUGCAAUUAUUAAACACACUAAAGAUAUUUAAAAAGUAAAAAAAGAAAAAAGUAAAAAAAAUAUUUAAACUUAGAAUCUCAGUAAAAAAUUAAAUUCUCAGAAUAUGUUUCCUCUCUCCAACCUUUUCACUUUAAAUUAUUCUUAUAUUAUCUUUAUUUGGUACAACUGACUGGCAAAGUGUUUUGUAACGAGUUUUAUAAAUACGCACACGCUCGAGAAAGUGCAAAUGUAGUGCCAAGUAGCCAGCAUGCUUGCUAUACAUGUAAUCUGUUUGCACAUACAAGUUCUUACUAUGUUCGCAUCUAAGCGGAUUUUGUCCGCUGUUAAGAAUCAGAUAUGUUUUCAGUUUCUUUAUUUUAGAUUUUCAUUUACUAAGACUUUCAUUUCAAUAUAUAUAUAUAUAAUUUAAGGUUAAUGUUGAAACAUACUUUAAGAAUUUAAUACCUAAAAAUUAAAAUACAAAUAUUUUAUGUAAAAAGCCACAAGAA